AUGCAAAUGCAGUACAAGAAUUUAGGCAGAUCAGGCCUAAAAGUAUCCCAACUUUCAUACGGAGCAUGGGUCACUUUCGGCAAUCAACUCGAUGUCAAAGAAGCUAAAUCCCUCUUACAAAAAUGUCGUGACCACGGUGUCAAUUUCUUCGACAACGCCGAGGUUUACGCUAAUGGAAGAGCAGAAGAAAUAAUGGGUCAAGCAAUUCGUGAAUUGGGUUGGAAAAGAUCAGAUAUUGUUAUAUCUACUAAGAUUUUCUGGGGCGGGUCGGGUCCAAAUGAUAAGGGUUUAUCGAGGAAACAUAUAAUUGAAGGGACGAAAGCUAGUUUGAAAAGACUGGAUAUGGAUUAU